CAGGGGGCGGUGGCCCCAGGAGCGGUUGCCGCGGGCACCGGGUGGUGACGCGGCCCGAGGGCGGAAGUGAGAAAGUUGCCAGCGUCCCGAGACAAGUUGGCGGAGCUGUGUGAGAGCGGCCGCGAUGGGAGGUUCGGGCAGUCGCCUGUCCAAGGAGCUGCUGGCCGAGUACCAGGACUUGACGUUCCUGACCAAACAGGAGAUCCUUCUAGCCCACAGACGGUUCUGUGAGCUGCUUCCCCAGGAGCACCGGAGUGUGGAGGAGUCACUGCAGGCUCGAGUGUCCUUGGAGCAGAUUCUCAGCCUUCCAGAGCUCAAGGCCAACCCCUUCAAGGAGCGAAUCUGCAAGGUCUUCUCCACUUCCCCGAGCAGAGACACCCUGAGCUUCGAGGACUUCUUGGACCUCCUCAGUGUGUUCAGUGACACAGCCACUCCAGACAUCAAGUCCCACUAUGCCUUCCGCAUCUUCGACUUUGAUGAUGAUGGAACCUUGAACAGAGAAGACCUGAGCCAGCUCGUGAACUGCCUCACGGGAGAGAGCGAAGACACACGGCUCAGUGCUUCAGAGAUGAAGCAGCUCAUUGACAACGUGAGCAGUAGGGGCGGGUGGGCUGGGCCGGGGAGCAGGUGGGAAGGCUUGGGGUUUGGCCUUGAAGCUUCCCCUUUCCAGAUCCUAGAGGAGUCCGACAUUGAUAGGGAUGGGACCAUCAACCUCUCCGAGUUUCAGCAUGUCAUUUCCCGCUCACCAGAUUUUGCCAGUUCCUUUAAGAUUGUCCUGUGACGGGAGCCACGGCAUGUGUAGCAGCACCCUGUUGAAGAAUGUCCACUGCUGAGCUGUGGUCACGGUCACCCCCCGUGUUGUCAGCGCCAGCCGAGCUGGCCCAGCCUGGAGCUGGCACUGCACAGUCUUGCCUGGGGCUGUGGAGGGCCCUCCGUGUCAGGGCCUUUCCCCUUCUCACUGUCGUUGCUCUAUUUGUGUUUCUACUAAUCAGUAAUAAAGGUUUAGAAGUUUUGAGCCUUUGUGCAACACUAGAAUUACUGGUGUGAAGGAGUGGACUUAUAUAUAUAUAUAUGUGAGCCCUCAGUCACCCUGGGGAUAAGUAGGACUUAAAGGGGAUGGCUGAUGUCUCAUAUGGUGAAGAAUCUGCCUGUAAUGCAGGAGACCCAGGUUCAAUCCUUGGGUCAGGAAGAUCCCCUGGAGUAGGAAAUGGCAACCCACUCUAGUAUUCUUGCCUGGAGAAUCCCACAGCCAGAGCCUGGUAGAUUACAGCCCAUGGGAUCGCAAAGAUUUGGACACAACUGAGCGACUAAGCAUGCACGCAAAGGAGACA